UGAAACUCAGGAAGGAGUAUAAGGCUGUGGGUGUCAAGCCCCCCAGCCCCAGCAAAGCUAAAUACUUCCAGCAGCAACUUCCUAGCUUGAAGCAACCUUGUCUGUUCAAUUUUAUAAUCACAAAGGAAAAAGUGUCCCAGUCCCCUGGCCUUUCCUCUCAUCACAGUCCCCUUCCUCUGACAUCACAGAGGCAAGAGCUGUCUUCUCUGCUCAGAGCACUGAGUCGAGGGCAUCUCCAGGACAGGCAUUCAGGCAGAGCAAGCUCCAGGUUUCACCACAAUGCCCAUCCCUGCCUCCCCACUCCACCCACCUCUGCCUUCCUUACUGCUGUAUCUGCUGCUUGAACUGGCAGGAGCCACACAUGUGUUCCAUGUGCAACAAACGGAGAUGUCACAGACCGUAUCAACUGGGGAGUCAAUCAUCUUGAGUUGCAGCGUACCCGAUGCCUUACCAAAUGGACCUGUCUUGUGGUUCAAGGGAACAGGGCCAAACCGGAAAUUAAUCUACAAUUUCAAACAAGGUCACUUUCCCAGAGUAAAAGAGAUUGGAGACACCACCAAGCCUGGCAACACAGACUUUUCCACCCGCAUCCGUGAAAUCUCUCUUGCUGAUGCUGGCACCUAUUACUGUGUGAAGUUCAUAAAAGGAAGAGCUAUCAAGGAGUACCAAUCAGGUCGGGGCACUCAGGUGUUUGUUACUGAGCAGAAUCCAAGACCUCCCAAGAACAGACCUACAGGCAGAGCAGGCUCCAGGGCCCACCAUGAUGCCCGUACCUGCCUCUCGGCCCUGCCUGAGAGAAACAGCACAAACUAUUUCGUCCAUCCCUGCUGCUGCCUCCGGCUGCUGGGACUCCCAGGCUUGCUGUCAAAAUAAUCCAAACAGGGAAGGAACGUACAAGUAAAUAACAAAAGCCCCCAUACUCUUCUGACUCCCUGGAGACAGCUACUUUUUAGGAGCUUCAUUUGCCUUCUUCAAGACAGCUUUCUUCCACUGACAUAAAAUGCCAGCUUGAUCGUACAAUAAAUCUGUCUAUUUACCUGGGUCCAAUUCCAGGUUCUC